UUGAACCGGGGCGGCGGUGAUCGCACAUGACUGCGUGUCGCAGUAGGAAAUGUGGGAGAGGGAGGUCGGUGGGGGUGUGUGGCUGGGGAGUAUUUUCAUUUAUGGCGCUUCUGCAUCUUUUCGCUCGCUUAGGUGUGUUUGCCGGUGUCUUCUACGUGAGAAACGGUUUGUGGUGCAUCUCCUCACAUCAUAGGUGCUGUGGGAAUAAGGAUAACAUCAGAGCGGGAUGCAAGAAAUGUGGCUACCCUGGUCACCUCACAUUUGAAUGCCGAAACUUCCUCCGAGUGGAUCCCCAAAGAGAUAUUGUUUUAGAUGUUAGCAGCACUAGCAGUGAAGACAGUGAGGAAGAAGAACUACAAAGAUUACAAGCCCUUCGUGAAAAAAAGAAUUUAAAUGAGGAAGAAGAAAAAAAGAAACAAAAAAGAAAAAGCAAAGAAAAAACAAAACUAAAGAGAGCAAGGAAAAGAUCUUCCUCAUCAAGUCAAGCUGAAGAGGAUAAGCCAAAAUCAAAAAAACAAAAAGCACAAAAAAAAGAAAAGAAGAAGGAAAAAAAGAAUAAAUCUAAGAAAGGAAAACAUCACAAAAAAGAGAAAAAGAAGAGAAGAAAGGAAAAAAGUUCAUCUUCCGAUAGUUCAGACAGUUCUAGUAGUGACUGAGCUGCUGGCCUGUUUUUGUUUCUACUUCCAUAGAGACUAGAAUGAUUUUCCUUUGAAAUAUAACCUAUUCAUGCUUUGCAAUGCUGUUGUUUUAAAGUGAUGGAUAUAUAUAUUUUUUGGAAGAAAUCUAUUUGCAAAUAUCAGUGCUUCAAAUUAUUAAAUGGAUGAUUUGGAAAGAAGCUACUCUUCUAUUUCAAGUUUAUUAGUACCCUACCAUGCAAGUUGGACUUGUUUUUGACUCUUAGUUCAGUUUUGGUUACUUGAAUUUUGAAUCCUUUAUACUAGGAUAUGGCAAACCUCAGUUUGCAAGUAGUUGCAUGGAAAGGUUCAGACUUAAAUAUGCUUUGUAUUGGAACUGUUAAAUCAAAUUUGGAAAUUUAAAUAAUGCUUUCUGUUCUUUUAUUCUUUAAAUAAAUGUAUAUGUUUUGUAUAACACUUUCUACCUAUAUAAGCAAUAAGUGCAAAUGAGGAACAGCUGGGGGCUUGGGAGAAGGGAAGGAACAGGAGGUAAGGAGCUGCGGGAGACUGCUCCUUCAAAAUUGAUCAAGUAAUAGAUUUUGAAAUAUACAACAAAUACACAUUCUUUUGGCAGGAUCACUGUGUGAGCGAGCUGAAAAUGAACAAACAAAAGCAAACAGACCCUAUGGAUCUUUCACAGUCCUUUUGUUCUACCUAGGUUCUGUUUCACGGUUGCAGCUACUGCAGCUUUGAAGACAUAAAAUGCCACUUCUUAAGACUAGAAACCUUUGCGGCAAGAUUGUUUACAAUAAUAUAAGUGCUGUAUUAAUGCAGUAUGGGGUGACUAAUGCCGACAAUUAUCUAAGCAGAGCAAACCCAAAGACUGACAUUUAACAAGAAUCUUGAAGUGUACAUUCAUUCUAAUAAACCCUCCCACUGAAAACUUU